CUAUUCUCAAGCAGCUCUAUCAGAAGACCGUUAUUUUCGGAGAGUCUCAUGUAAUCGUCUUCUUCUCUGUCUCUCUCUCUGCCUCUGGUUUUGAUUCUACCUUUCGAAGUUUUUUUUUAUUUCUCGAGAGAGGUCCUUUUAAAGAUCUCCCUCAUGGUUAGUAUCUGCUUGGCGUUUAAAUUUGCUUAUUUAGGAUGGGAAGGGUAAAACUGAAGAUAAAGAAGUUAGAGAACACAAACGGACGCCAAGCAACGUUUGCUAAAAGGAAAAAUGGGAUCUUGAAAAAGGCUAAUGAGCUAUCUAUUCUUUGUGACAUUGAUCUUAUUCUUCUUAUGUUCUCUCCUGGCGGCAAAGCCUCGCUAUGUUGCGGUAGACGGAGUAGCAUUGAAGAGGUGAUUUCUAAGUUUUCUCAAGUAACACCGGAGGAAAGAACAAAAAAGAAGGUUGAGAGUCUUGAAACCUUGAAGAAAACGUUCUUAAAGUUGGAUCACACUGUAAAUAUAAGAGAACUUAUAGCCUCAAGUAAUUCAACAACAGAGGACUUGAGUACUCAAGCAAGUGUCCUGCAAGCUAGGAUAUCUGAGAUACAUGGAAGAUUAAGUUAUUGGACAGAAGUCGAUAAGAUAAACAACGUUGACCACUUGGGACAGCUUGAAAUUUCCAUCAGGCAGUCCCUUGAUCAAUUGCGUGCGCAUAAGGAACAUUUGGGACAGCAGCAGCAGCAACAAGCAAUGCAAAUCGAAAACGCAAACUUUGUUAAAGAUUGGUCUACCUGCUCGUUGCAAGAUGGGAUUGAGAUUCCUUUAGAACAACAUCUUCAAUCCAUGUCAUGGGUACUUAAUAGCGACAACACAACCAACAUUAUCACCGAGGAACACAAUCCAAUCCCAAAACGGGAAGUGGAGUGCUCUGCGAGUUCUUCAUUUGGGAGCUAUCCAGGCUACUUUGGAACAGGGAAAUCUUCAGAAACAAGCUUUCUUGAUGAACUAAACACGACCAACGGAGACAUCAAACCGCAGCUAUGCACUAAUAAUAAUAACAUUAUCCCAUACAAUCCCAAUAUUAUGCAGAAUGAUAUUAAGCACCACCAAACGUAUCCUCCUCCUCCUCUUCCUCCUCCUCCGCUUUUUAACCUUCCAAUGAACCAGAGAGAGUAUCAUAUGAAUGGAUUCUUCGAAGCACCACCACAACCACAUGGAACUUCUGCUUACAACAAUAACAACAACCAGGCAAGGUUUGGUUCUAGCAGCAGCUCCUUGCCGUGCUCAAUCUCCAUGCUAGACGAAUACUUGUUCUCCCAGAUGCAGCAACCGAACUGAUGAUGAUAGAACAUCUCAUGGAAGAAGUCACCCAUUUUUUUUUGUUCAGAAGCAGCAAGCGAACUAAAACAAAACACUUGCAGGUUUCUGAAUUGGUUCCAAGAUGAAGCAAAUACCAGUGGUGAACUCUGGUAGAUUGCAACCCCCACACAAAUACGUUGUUAUAUCUUCAAUAGAUGUUUUUGUGUUGAUUUUUUUUAUCCGGCAGAUAUGUUUUAGUGUGUAUGUGUCUUUGGAGGCUGUCAAAGUAACGCCAUGACGGCCAAAGAUGAUGAGAAAACUCUCUAUUCUUCUUCCCUUCCUACAAAACUAGCUGUAUCUUUUUUUUUUUUUUUUCAUUCUUUGUAAUACAAAAACAAACAAUGUUUAUUAAUUAAUUUAAACAAGAAGCAUUUAUAUGUACA